GAGAUACAGUACUACCAUACUUACGCGGAAGUUACAAGAGGACUGGCAGGAGAAAGACACAAUUGCGCAAUUCCGGAUCUCAUCUACACACACCACCGCCCCCAUCAAAACCCGCCGUCGCGGCUGCAGAGAUGAGGUGCUACACGGCUCUCACGGCGGCGGCAACGCUGGUGCUGCUUCUGCUGGUGCCGCUGGCGACGGCGGCGGAGGCGGAGGCGGAGGCGGCGAUCGCGUCCUACAGGGAGAGGAGCGAGGAGGAGACGCAACAGGUGUUCUUGGAGUGGAUGGCGGAGCACGGGGUGUCGUACGAUUCCGCCGUCGAGGCGGAGCGCCGGUACGCGAUUUUCAAGGGCAAGCUCCGCACCGUCGACCAGCACAACGCCGGGAUCCACCCGUAUCGCCUCGGCCUCAACUGGUUUUCCGACCGCACCAGCGCGGAGAUAUAUUCCCGUGUCCUUCCAUAGCCCGAGAACCAAAAUAAAGUCCUGGAGGUAGCACUAGUCCUGGAGAGACAAAGUACAUGUGCAUCUGAAUACGGCACUCUGUUUGUUGCCGGAAGUCAUUUGGCUUUGACAACUUUGUUGCUGGUUGCUUAUGUAAUAAAAUUGAGAUGAAAAUGUAUGCAUUUCCAGAAGAUGAAAUGAGAAAACAAAUACAAUGAGAAA